AUGCCUCCUAGAACUAGAUCUUCAGGCAAGCCAGUUGUUACUCCCAAGGAUGUAAAGCCUGUCAAGGCGGUAAAGCCCAAGUCGGCUACCAAGCCAGCCCCUAAGGUCAAGAAAGACGCGUCCGAAUUGUCCAUCGGUGAUCCAAUUCCAGAUCUCGUUUUGCUGGAUCAGAACGGGAAAGAAGUUAACCUAGUUGAUUUAGCAGCGCUGAAGCCUUUGUUGGUGAUUUUCGCUUAUCCACGUGCAUCUACUCCAGGGUGUACCAGACAGGCCUGUGGAUUUAGAGACAAUUAUGCUGGAUUGCAGAGCAGCGCUACUGUGGUGGGCAUUUCUAAGGAUUUGCCCAAAUCACAAUUGAACUUCAAAGUUAAGCAAAAAUUGACUUAUGACCUUUUAAGCGACCCUAAGGCUAGCUUGAUUGCUCAGCUUGGAGCUGAUAAGCCUGGUUCAACAAUCAGAUCCCAUUGGAUCUUUAAGGAUGGAAAAUUGAUUAGGUCGCACGUCCAGAUAAGUCCAGAAAAGAGUGUUUCUCUGGCAAAGCAAGAGGUUGAGGAACUUGCGUAA